AGAGAGGGUCAAUGAACGUUCCACCUUUCUCAACUGUAUCUUACAUUUCGCGCGUUCCGCCCAUCAAAAACAUUCCUGUCUUCCAAGCAUGGCUUCCGAGACGGCCCCCAUCUCUCCCAAGGACGACAGCACCCCUCCAAACCCUUGGGCCAACGCCACCCCCAUCAAGAUUGCCGACCUACCUCCCGACCAAAAAGAGCUCAGCAGGAAGCUCAGGAAUCUCCACCACAGCCCCUCCCUCUUGGGCAUCUGGCACCUAGGCCAUGACGGUGUCAUGCGCUCGCUCUCCUCCGAACGCGAGGUUACUGACGCAAUACCGUUCCCACCCCGCCUCAUCAAGGCGAUGAGCGACCGCUUUCCAUUUGAUCAGAAGACUGAGGACGCGUACAGGGGGUUGGAUGGGACGAAGGUGCCGGAGGAGCAGUGGUGGAAGCCGGAUAGGAGUAUGCUGCCGCCGCCACUGGCUGAGGAGUCCAAAGAAAAAGCGAGGAGAGGUAUCGAAGAGCAAGGGGGUCUGCAGGCAAUGCGGGAGAAGAUGGAGAAUGAGAGGAAGGAGAGAGAUGAGGGGAAGGGGUUUAGGGUGUAUAUCUUGUCGGACUACAAUCUCGAUAUUAAGGAGGACGGACUGGAAUAGGAGGUUUGAAUCCUAAGUCUUCGAUGAAGGGGAUGGCUGACCUGAGAGGAUAAUUUGAGC